UCAACAAGACAUCUCAGUGGAUGGUAGCUGCGGUCCUGACUCUUAUACCAGAUGUCCUGAUAAUUACUGCUGUUCUCAAUGGGGCUAUUGCGGCAAUACACCCGAUUUUUGUGAUCUGGAUCAAGGAUGCCAACCAGAUUAUGGUAUCUGUGGCCAAAUCUCAAAUGAUGGUACAUGCGGUCCUGACUGGGGUUAUUGUGGUAGUACAUCUGAAUUUUGUGAUCCGAAUCAAGGAUGUCAAAGUGGAUAUGGUUUUUGUGGCCUUUCAAAUGACACUAAUCCUGAUGAUGGAAUACAAGUUAUUGACACUUGCCAAAAUCCUUAUACCCUAGCGUUAACUUUUGAUGAUGGUCCACGCUCUUGGACAAAUGACUUGCUCGAUAAACUAGAUGAAUAUGACAUAAAAGCUACAUUCUUUGUCAAUGGUCACAACGAAAAUGAUUAUUGUAUUUACGAUUUCGCAGAAAUUUUGCAACGAGCUUACUCUUCAG